AAUAUUGGUUUCAUAGUAAUUAAUAAUAUAUUGUAAGAGAAUUUCAUGGUCAAAUAAUACUGCUUUCUCGAAAUAGAGAGAGUACAAGGACAAAGUAAUCUGCAAGCAGAAGCUCUUCUGCCUGUCUUUCUGAAUUCUGAUGGCAUUCUGCCGUUCCAGACUUCCACUGACCUCACCGCAUUAUCUUAUAAAGUCAUCCUUGGAUCCCAAAACCUUAACCGUCGGGUCCAUCACUACUGUGCCACUCUGUUGCGUCGCCGUCGGUGUCCAUCACCAACCUCCCCCCCGAUUCCCAAACAAGGCCAAAGCGCCCUCUCCACUCCACACCAUCGUCAAUAUACAAACACCACCACCUUCUUCUUCUUCUUCGUCGUCGUCGUCGUCGUUGUUGUCGCGGAGGCGUGGUGUUAGCAAUUGGGCACAAGAAUGGACGCUUCUCGUGCACCACCGGCGCCGCCGCAUGCGGGUUCCGUAGCGAGCACCAUCGAGAGGAAGCUGAGCCCGGGGAUCCUCCUCCUCAUCGCCAUCCUGGCGAUGGUUUUCUUCAUCUUCGGCCUGCUCAACCUGCUGCUGCAGAACCUCCUCCGGCUGCGGCGCGACCGGCGGCGCCGGCGCAGGGUGGGCGACACGGUCGGCGACAGCAGCCCGACGGCGUUCGAGGGCCAGCUCGGGCAGCUGUUCCACCUCCACGACGCUGGCGUCGACCAGGCCUUCAUCGAUGCGCUUCCCGUCUUCCCCUACCGCGCCGUCGCGGGGCGACGCAAGGACCCGUUCGACUGCGCGGUGUGCCUCUGCGAGUUCGCCAUGGACGACAAGCUCCGCUUGCUGCCGACCUGCGGCCACGCGUUCCACGUGCCCUGCAUCGACGCCUGGCUGCUGUCGCACUCCACCUGCCCGCUCUGCCGCGGCAGCAUCCUCGCCGAGGCCGGCCACUCGCCGGCGUCCAGCCCGCUCGUGCUCGUGCUCGAGUCCGAGAGCCUUCCCGAGGCGGUCGUCAGGGACGGCGGCGAUCCCGGAGAUAGAGACAUCGAGGGGUCACACUCACAGAAGGCAGAUGGGAUCGUCGAGGUGAAGCUUGGAAAGCUCAGGUGCGUGGACGGCAAUGUCAAUGCUGCGGAUCUCGCAGUCGAUGGCACAAGUAGCACCAAUGGCAAUGGCAGGGGAAAUCUUGGACAGAGGAGGUGCCUGUCCAUGGGAUCCUACGAGUACGUCAUGGACGAGCACGCCGCGCUCCGCGUCGCCAUCAAGAAGACGCCCAUGAGGAGGCCCUCGAGCUCGAGGUCGCGCCGCCACCUGGCGCUGUCAGCGUGCGACCUCGGGUGCCCCAAGAAGGGCGCGUGGGAGAUGGCGGUGUCGGAGGCCGCCGCGUCAGUGGACGCCGGACGGUGCGGCGAUGGCGCCGCCGCGGGCGCGAGCCUGAACAAGGACAGCUUCUCCACGUCCAAGAUCUGGAUGGUCUCAGCCGCCAGGAGAGAGGAUGAUGGCCACCGGACAGCAGAAUUGGCCGCCGAGAGGCGCGCGGUGUCGUUCAGGUGGCCGGCGAUGGCCGCUGGGUGCAAGAAGCACCGAGGGGGUGAAGCGAUCUGGGACGUGGAGGCGGCAGGAAGCUCCGGCGACAAUGUCGUGCCGUCUCCUGCGGAGGAGCGGGCGUCGUUCGCGAGGGCGGCAAUGCUCUGGGUCGCCGCCGGGAGGCAGGGAAGCCAUUCGUGAUCUGCAUUUGGUUUGCACCUUGAUCACACAAGAUUACUUUUUUCUUGUUUGAUUCCUUUUUCUGUUCUUUUGGCUUGUUUGUCGAAUCGAUUAUAGUGAUUGCAAAGCAAGAAAUUGUAGAGAACAAAAGUGUGUCACAGGAAUUGCAUUGGUUUGAUCCACAGUUA